CUGACAGUUCCCUGGUAUCAAGAAUAAACAGAUUUUUGAAGCAUAAAAUUAAUUAAACAUAUCAAAAAAUGUACAAUAUCAAGCAAUUGUCGAAUUUACCGUAUUUUUGAUUCGAACUAAUGUUUCUAUCGUGCUCGUAUGUGGAUGUCAACUCGUAUAAAUCCUAAAUUUCAUCGAAACGGACCAUAUAUUCACACCUUCGUGACGUAAUUUUUAUUUUAGAAAUUAAAAUAUUGUACCAAUAAACAUUUCAUAAGAGGAAAUAAAGCAAUAAUGAUCUACUUCACGCAACAGGAAGCUCGUAUUAAUUGAACAAUGUCUAGGGAAUGAAAGUUUUUAGGCAGAUUCGUUAGAUUUUUGUACCUGUUACACAUACUUAACUCUCGUAAAAAUGGAUGAUUACAAAUUUCUAUUCAAAGUUGUCCUAGUUGGAAACGCAGGGGUCGGAAAAACGUGCUUAGUAAGGCGAUUUACACAAGGCCUGUUUCCCCCUGGACAGGGAGCCACAAUCGGUGUGGAUUUCAUGAUAAAAACUGUUGAAGUGGGAAACGAAAAAGUUAAGUUGCAAAUUUGGGACACUGCAGGUCAGGAACGGUUCCGUUCUAUAACCCAGAGCUAUUACAGAUCAGCUCACGCUCUUAUAUUAGUCUACGAUAUAUCAUCUCAACCCACGUUCGAUUGCUUGCCGGAUUGGUUAAGAGAAAUCGAAGAAUACGCCAGUAAUAAAGUGUUGAGAAUUCUAGUUGGAAACAAAAUCGAUAGAGAAGACAGGGAAAUUCCGGCGGACGUAGGAGAAGAAUUCGCAGAAAGACACAACAUGUAUUACCUGGAAACGUCUGCGAAAGAAUCGGAUAAUGUAGAAAAACUGUUUAUGCAAAUCGCUGAAGAUCUUAUGAAGCAAGCGAGAACUAGGGAUCUUCCACGAUACGACUCCAAUAAUCAAACUCUCGAUGGCAAAACAUCGACCAUUAGCGAUUCUAGUUGUUGUAGUAGAUUACAGUAGUGAGCGUUUUUAAUUAGCUCAAUUGAAUGUGUUUUAUAGGCGUUUGUUGAUUUUAUAACAAGUUAAUUUGAAUGUAAAAUAGUUAUAACCAAUCAAAUUAGAACUUAUAUCAAUUACAAAUCACGAAGAUAUCAUAUGUGACAAUAAGACGAGACUACAUGCUUGUACUUGCGUACAAUUCAGAAAUAUUUUUAUUCAUUAACACGCUACUGUUAGUAUUUUUGAGACAGUAAAUUUAUUAACAUUUUUUAACUAGUCGAUUUUAUUGUCUGGUUAUAACGAUUUUGUAAUUCGUACAUUUCGUCUCUUCGACUGAUUUUUUACAUAUUGAACUAGUCGCGAUUCAUAACGUAUUUCAUUUAAAAGACACUCGAUUAGCAAGCGGGCUUAUGAUACAAAACGGCUUUCGUAGAAUAAAACUACAGGGUGUUCCAAAACAAGUGGUCGUAGAGUAAAUCUAGCCUUCAACUGGGCACAAUUAUAAGAGUACCAAAAGUAAAUUAACUGAAUAUAUCUCUAGCUACUCUCUUACUUAAAGAACACCCUGUAUUUGAAUAAAUUUCCAGUAAAUUCUCUGUUCGAACCAGUGAUGAUGUAGCUUAAUUUAGUACUUAGCCCUUUCAUAGAAAUGAGUAGGUUUUAUCAUUCGCCUUGAUCACUGUUCUCAUUGCAUUUAGAUCAAUCCAGUAUGGAAGUGUCACGGAUUCUCAAAAUGUUGCCAAAUUACUUGAGUAUGAUUUUUUAAAUGUAAAAACUCUUAAUCUCCUGUGAUAUAUUUUUUCCAAUGCACACGCGAGCGUUCUGCAUCACGUAAAUCAAAUUUAUUUUGUGCAUUUUAAUGAUGGUAUUAUUUAUACGAACAUUCCUAUUUGUGGAGAUCGAUUAGGUUUCGAUUUUACUUUUAAUUAUUGUUAUAGAAAUGUAUAGGUGUUUGAGGAAAUGCUAGAUUAAUUGAUUUUCAUGUUAAUUUGGUAAUAUCGUGGGCAUUUUGCGGAGAUUACAAGUAUCUUACAAGUAUAUGAUUUUUAUUUGUACAUGUUUUCAAGCAUAUAAUUGCUGAAAUACAUAAUUAUUACAUUUGAAUUGAAUUGCAUUUUAAAUAGAAAACUCUGAUAAAAUUUUCUCUUUUAUAUGGAAAUGCUUGAUAUAGUUAUUAUUAUUAAACAGUUAAUAUUGAUUUACAAUCCUCUGGUAAAUGUUGUUUUUGCUAACAGAUACAUUUGACUCUUUAGAUUAAUUGUUGUAUUUUGUAAGUCAAACAUUUGUUGGAUUGUUAUUUAAAAGUAAAUGAAGAUGGGGUGUUUCGUCUAAAUCUAGUUUUUACUGUAAUUUCUGUGAAUUUCACGUACUCUAGGUGUUGGGAUAUUCGGAAAAUAAAUCUUCUAGAAGGUGCAAUAUAAAUAUUAAUUUUUAGUGCUUAUUUUUAGUCAAACAAUAAAUGUAACUUAUAAAAGUAUAUAAAAAUAUAGGUAUAUUUAUUAUAUUCGUUUGCAAAGUAUCUUGCAGUUGAUUUUUACAUUAGUAUUAUUAGG